AUGCCCGAGUACCAGCAGGAUCUGAACGGCCUGAACGCGUCCCUGCCCGUGCAAACCGCGCAUUACUCGGCGGUUUCGUCCGUGCCUCACGCACCCGUGGCGGCUAACUCGGUUCCCGCUCAAAAUCUGCCCAUCGCCGCUCCCCCGAGCGUGGCGCCCACGCCGGCCCAGACUGCCGUUUCGCCAGCCACAUCUGCCGCUCCCGCUAAGCGGAAGAGCACUAAUGCCAAGGCCACUACCACGAGCGCCGAGGAGGCUGCCCAAAAUAUGGCCGAGGAGGACAAGCGUCGCCGCAACACUGCUGCUAGCGCUCGUUUCCGUGUGAAGAAGAAGAUGCGUGAGCAGGCUCUGGAGCGCAGCCUCAAGGAGACCAACGACAAGAACGAUGCCCUCGAGGCUCGCGUUUCCCAGCUGGAGCUGGAGAACCACUGGCUCCGUGGUCUGAUCAUGGAGAAGAACGGCACGGAGGAGCGUAACGAGGCCUCUGAGAAGGCCAUCUCGGACAUGUUCAAGAACUUCAUGGCCUCGCGCAAGACCGAGUCAAGUCUUUCCGAGUCCAAGCACGGCGUGGGCACCACUGCCUAG